AUGGCCGACCCCAUCAUGGACCUCUUUGACGACCCCAACCUGUUUGGGCUGGACCCCCUCCCCGAGGACCUGGUGGCCCCCCCGAACCCCCCCCCCAUCAGGGCAACCCCUUCAUGGGGGUCUCCGCCCCUCCUCCUCCCCCCCCCCCCCGCCGCGGGGGGGCCCCCCAAAAUCGUCAUCCUCAAAGCCCCUCCCCCCGGCGGCCCCGCCCCGGCCGCGCCCAACGGGGGCAAAGUCACCUUGGCCAAAGUUUUGGGGGGGACCCCGCCCCAAAUCCGGCCGGGGGUCCCGGUGGCGGGGGGUGGCCGGUGGUCCCAAGGGCGGGGGGCCUCGGGGGGCUCGGCCGCGCCCCCCGCCCGGGCCCUGCUGCAGUCGGGGCGCCCGGUGAAGCAGCUGGUGCUGCAGCCCCUCAAGGCCGGCGCGGGGAGCACCCCCGGGACCCCCCUGAAACCCGGCCUGAGCCUCGGCCCCGCGCAGGGCGAGUCCAAGCGCAUCACGCUGGUCCUGCAGCAGCCGGGGGCCGGCGCCGCGCCCGGCCAGCGCCACGUGGUGCUGGGCACGCUGCCCGGCAAGCUGCUGGUGCAGGGCGGCGGCGCCGCGGCCGCGCCCGGCCCCGCCAAGGCCGCGCCCGGCGCUCCGGCCAAGGUGGUGACCAUCCAGCUGCAGGUGCAGCCGCCGGCCGCGCCCGGCCAGCCCGGCCAGCCCCAGAAGAUCCAGCUGAUCCAGCAGGCCGGGGCGGGGCCCGUGGGCGUGGCCUCGGUGCCGCAGGUGGUGGGCGGCGCCGGCCAGCGGCUGACCGUGCCGCUGAAGGUCGUGCUGCAGCCGCAGGUGAGCGUGGGCCGCGGCGGUGCCGCCGGCCUCUCGGUGGUCAAGGUGCUGAGCGGCGCCGAGGUGGCCGCGGUGGCCGCGCCGGCCGCGCGGGGGCCGUCGGACGAGAGCCGCAAGCUGGAGCACCAGAAGAAGCAGGAGAAGGCCAACCGCAUCGUGGCCGAGGCCAUCGCCCGCGCCCGCGCCCGCGGCGAGCAGAACAUCCCCCGCGUCCUCAACGAGGACGAGCUGCCCAGCGUCCGGCCCGAGGACGAGGGCGAGCGCAAGCGGCGCCGCAAGGGCCCCGGCGAGCGCGGCGCGGCCAAGGAGGAGCGGCCGCGGCGCGGGAAGGGCCAGGGCGGCAGCAAGAGCAAAGGGCGCGGCAAGGCCAGCACCAUCACGCCGGUGGUGGGCAAGAAGCGGAAGCGCAACGCGUCCUCGGACAACUCCGACUCCGAGGUGCUGCCGGCGCCGUCCCCGCGCCACGACGACGACAGCAGCGUCCAGAAGCGCCGCUCGAACCGGCAGGUGAAGCGCAAGAAGUACACGGAGGACCUGGACAUCAAGAUCACGGACGACGAGGAGGACGAGGAGCUGGACGUGACGGGGCCGGCGCGGCCGGAGCAGCCCCCGGCGCCGCCGCCGCCCGAGCACGACGGCGACGCGCUGCCCUCCAUGCAGUUCUUCGUGGAGAACCCGAGCGAGGAAGACGCCGCCAUCGUGGACAAGGUCCUGUCCAUGCGCGUGGUCAAGAAGGAGCUGCCGUCGGGACAAUUGGUGGAGUCCGAGGAGUUCUUCGUCAAGUACAAAAAUUACUCGUACCUGCACUGCGAGUGGGCGACGAUCGCGCAGCUGGAGAAGGACAAGAGGAUCCACCAGAAGCUCAAGCGCUUCAAGACCAAGAUGAACCAAAUGCGCCACUUCUUCCACGAGGAUGAAGAGCCCUUCAACCCCGACUACGUGGAGGUCGAUCGGAUCCUGGACGAGUCCCACAGCGUGGACAAGGACAACGGCGAGCCCGUGGUGUACUACCUGGUCAAGUGGUGCUCGCUGCCCUACGAGGACAGCACCUGGGAGCUGCAGGAGGACGUGGACGAAGCCAAAAUCGCCGAAUUCCGCCGCAUCCAGGCCCGGCACCCCGAGCUGAAGCGCCAGCCGCGCCCCCAGGCCGGGGCCUGGAAGAAGCUGGAGGCGUCGCACGAGUACAAGAACCACAACCAGCUGCGGGAGUACCAACUGGAAGGGGUCAACUGGCUGCUCUUCAACUGGUACAACAGGCAGAACUGCAUCCUGGCCGACGAGAUGGGGCUGGGCAAGACCAUCCAGUCGAUCGCCUUCCUGCAGGAGGUGCACGGCGCCGGCGUCCGGGGGCCCUUCCUGGUCAUCGCGCCGCUGUCCACCAUCACCAACUGGGAGCGCGAGUUCGGCACCUGGACCGGCCUCAACACCAUCGUCUACCACGGCAGCCUGGCGUCGCGGCAGAUGAUCCAGCAGUACGAGAUGUACUGCAAGGACACCAAGGGCCGGCUGAUCCCCGGCGCCUACAAGUUCGACGCGCUCAUCACCACGUUCGAGAUGAUCCUGUCCGACUGCCCCGAGCUGCGCGAGAUCGAGUGGCGCUGCGUGGUCAUCGACGAGGCGCACCGCCUCAAGAACCGCCACUGCAAGCUGCUGGACAGCCUCAAGCACAUGGACCUGGAGCACAAGGUGCUGCUGACGGGGACGCCGCUGCAGAACACGGUGGAGGAGCUCUUCAGCCUCCUGCACUUCCUGGAGCCCACCCAGUUCCCCUCCGAGGCCGAGUUCCUCAAGGACUUCGGGGACCUCAAAACCGAGGAGCAGGUGCAGAAGCUGCAGGCGCUGCUGAAGCCGAUGAUGCUGCGGCGGCUGAAGGAGGACGUGGAGAAGAACCUGGCGCCCAAGCAGGAGACCAUCAUCGAGGUGGAGCUGACCAACGCCCAGAAGCGCCUGUACCGCGCCAUCCUGGAGCGCAACUUCGCCUACCUGGCGCGGGGCGCGGGCCACGGCAACGUGCCCAACCUGCUCAACACCAUGAUGGAGCUGCGCAAGUGCUGCAACCACCCCUACCUCAUCAACGGCGCCGAGGAGCAGAUCGUGGCCGAGCUGCGGGAGUCGCUGCCCACGCCGGCGCCGCCGGACCUGGCGCUCCAGGCCCUGGUGCGCUCGGCCGGGAAGCUGGUGCUGCUGGACAAGCUCCUGCCGCGGCUGCGCGCCGGCGGCCACAAGGUGCUGGUCUUCUCGCAGAUGGUGCGGUGCCUGGACAUCCUGGAGGACUACCUCAUCCAGAAACGGUACCCGUACGAGCGCAUCGACGGCCGCGUCCGCGGGAACCUGCGGCAGGCGGCCAUCGACCGCUUCAGCCGGCCCGACUCGGACCGCUUCGUGUUCCUGCUGUGCACCCGCGCCGGCGGCCUCGGCAUCAACCUGACGGCCGCCGACACCUGCAUCAUCUUCGACUCCGACUGGAACCCCCAGAACGACCUCCAGGCGCAGGCGCGGUGCCACCGCAUCGGGCAGAGCAAGGCGGUGAAGGUCUAUCGGCUCAUCACCCGCAACUCCUACGAGCGCGAGAUGUUCGACAAGGCCAGCCUGAAACUCGGCCUGGACAAGGCCGUGCUGCAGUCCAUGAGCGGCCGCGAGGGCAACAUCACCGGGAUCCAGCAGUUCUCCAAGAAGGAGAUCGAGGACCUCCUGCGCAAGGGCGCCUACGCCGCCAUCAUGGACGAGGACGACGAGGGCGCCAAGUUCUGCGAGGAGGACAUCGACCAGAUCCUGCUGCGCCGCACCACCACCAUCACCAUCGAGAGCGAGGGCAAGGGCUCCACCUUCGCCAAGGCCAGCUUCGUGGCCUCGGAGAACCGCACGGACAUCGCGCUGGACGACCCCAACUUCUGGCAGAAGUGGGCCAAGAAGGCCGACCUGGACCUGGACCUGCUCAACAGCAAGAACACGCUGGUCAUCGACACGCCGCGCGUGCGGAAGCAGACGCGCCACUUCAGCACGCUGCGCGACGACGACCUGGUGGAGUUCUCGGACCUGGACAGCGACGACGACCUGGACAGGCUGGACAGGGCCACGAGGUCGCGGCGGGGCCACCACGGCGGCGGUCACCACCACGGCCACCACCAGCACGCCCCGCCGGCCGCGCCGCAGCCGUUCGGGAGGAGCGACUGCUUCCGCGUGGAGAAGCACCUGAUGGUCUACGGGUGGGGCCGCUGGCGGGAGCUGGCGGCGCAGGGCCGCUUCAAGCGGCGCCUGUCGGAGCGCGACGUGGAGGGGCUGAGCCGCGCCAUCGUCCUCUUCUGCCUGCUGCACUUCCGCGGCGACGACGGCGUCCGCGCCUUCGCCUGGGCCCUGCUGGCCCCGCCCGAGAACGGCCGCGCCCGCCCCGCGCUCGGCCACCCCGGCGCGGCCGUGCCGCCGCCGUUGCCGCGUGGCCGCAAGGGCAAGAAGGCGCCCAAGGUGCCGCCGGAGCCGAGCGGGGCCGAGUGGCCGCGGGGCCACGAGCCCGAGGCGCUGCUGCAGGACGAGGGCUACCGGAAGCACCUGCGGCACCAGAGCAGCAAGGUGCUGCUGCGGCUGCGGAUGCUUCACUUCCUGCGCCACGAGGUCAUCGGCGACCAGGCCGAGAAGGUCCUGGCGGGGGCCAGCGCCAGCGAUGUGCACAUCUGGUUCCCGCUGCUGGAGCAGCUGGAGGUGCCCACGGCCUGGUGGGACCCCGAGGCCGACAAGUCCCUGCUCAUCGGGGUCUUCAAGCACGGGUACGAGCGGUACCACACCAUGCGGGCAGACCCCGCCCUGUGCUUCCUGGCCAAGGCCGGCGGUCCCGAUGCCACGGCCGUGGCGGCCGAGCAGCGCCUGGAGGGGCCCGAGGGGGCUGAUUUCGACAAAGACCCCGAGGACCCUGAGUACAAACCCCUGCAGGGGGGGCGGCGAGGAGGUAAAAAAAAAGGGGGGAAAUGCCCCAAAAUCCCCCGAAAUCCCCCGAAUUCCCUCAAAUUCCCAGGCUUUAGUGACCCCCUGGCCGGGCUGGACGAGGAGAUCUCGGUGGUGGAUGGGGACGAAGGCCCCCCCGCCGGCUCGGGCCCGCAGCCGCCCUGGCCGGCGGGGUCGGCGCUGACCGCUCGCUUCCGGCGCCUGAUCGGGGCCUGCCAGAGGGCCGGGAGCCGGGAGCAGCCCCGGGAGCCGCCCCGGGACCCCCCCGGCGAGCGGCGGCGGCAGCGGCGCGGCCACGACGGCGCCCGGCGGGACAAGCAGCAGCGCUGGACGCGCCGGGAGCAGGCCGAUUUCCUGCGCGUGGCCUCGACCUUCGGCGUGGAGCUGGAGCCGGGCUCGGGCCGCUUCCGCUGGGGGCGGUUCCGGGCCUUGGCCAACCUCGAGCGCCGCUCGGACGAGGACCUGACCCGCUUCUACCACGGCUUCGUGGCCAUGUGCCGGCAGGUCUGCCGCCUGCCGCCGGCGCCCGGAGACGUGCCGCCGCCGCUGUCCCCGCCGCCCCUGGCCGUGUCCCCGGCACCGCUUGCCACCGCCGCUGUCCCCGCCGCCCCUGGCCGUGUCCCCGUGCCGCCGCCGCUGUCCCCGCCGCCCCUGGCCGUGUCCCCGGCGCUGGCCCUGCGCUGCCUGCGCCGCCUGGCGCUGCUGCGCUGCCUGCGGGAGCGCGUGCUGCCGCACCCGGCGCUGGGCUCGCUGCUGGCGCGGGUGCCGCCGCCGGCGCCGCCGCUGCCGCCCUGGUGGCUGCGGGGCGUGCACGACGCCGAGCUGCUGCGCGCGGCGGCGCGGCACGGCCUGCGCGGGGCGCUGCUCCGCGGCGGCAUCACCCCCGGCGGCCGCGGCGCCGAGCCGGCGCCUCCCGGCAGCGGGGACGGAGGAGGAGGAGGAGGAAGGACACGAGAGAGAAAGGUGGAAAAAGGGGAGGAGAAUCCCAAAUUUUGGGGUUUUAAAAGGGGAUCCCAAACGUGUGGGAUUCCGAGGGAGCUUUUGGGGGAGAUUUGGAGGGAGAAGAGCCCAAAUUGGGGCCGGAAAAACGGAGGGAAAGCGGAAAAUCCCCCGAAGUUUGGGAGAGGCGGGGAUUGGACGGGGAAAACCCCAAAAUCCAGGGAGGGGGAGAUUUUUUGGGGGGGUUCAGAGCGUUUUUGGGGUCCCCCUCGUGCAGGGCCGGAGCCUCUGGAGGAUGAGGAUGAGGAGGAGGAGGAGGAAGAGGUGGAGGAGGAGGGGGGGGAGGACGAGGAUUCCCCUCCCCCCUCGGGCGAGAGCGGCUCCCCCAAACCGCCCCUCCCCCACCCCGCGCCCCGAAAUCUCCUCUACUGGCCCAAGGACCGGGCGCUGAUCCGGAGGCUGGACCUGAUCUGCCGGGCGGUGCUGACGGCGGGGGAGGGGCCGCCCCUCCCCCCCCUCCACGAGGAUUUCGGGGGGGUCCCGGGGGGGUUCCCCGAGCCCGCCCCUCCCCCGCCCCCUCCGCAGGCCCCUCCCCCCUUCCCCUCCCCCCGCGGGCGCCACCAGGACAAGGAGUUCACCGUCCAGAUCAAAGACGAGGAGGGGCUGAAGUUGACCUUCCAGAAGCACCGGCUGGGCCCCAACGGGGCCGCGCGGGGACCCCCCGCCCCAAAAAAAGAACAGCAAGAAACUGGUGGAGCUGGAGCUGCGCUGCCUCGAGGGGCUCCGAGACCCCGGGGGGGACCCCGAGAACGUCAUGGUGGCCCCUCCCCCCCCCCGCGGCGACGCCCCCGAAUUUGCCGACCCCAGGCUGCUGCCGUUCAUGGAGCAGCGACGGGAAAAGUGGCACCGGAAAAAGUUCCUCCCCUCCCCCCCCUCAGGUUUGGAUCUUUCCAAGAUGGUGGCGCUGAUGGGGGCGGGGCCAGCGGCGGAGGGGGCGUGGCCUCGCCUUCCUUGGCCCCGCCCCCGCGCUUCCGGCCAGAAGAGGAAGCGGAAGCAGGAAGUGGGUGCUGCCCCCUGCUGGCCGACCCCAUGUUGCCGCCCACUUCCGACUCGGAUUAAUCCCCGCCCCUUUUCCUGCUGGGGCCACGCCCCCCUCCCCAUAUUUAUAUAAAUAUGUAAAAUGUCUCUGUGU